CGCCAGCGGUACGGCCUGCAAGGUGCCGAGACUUACUACUACCUGAACCAGGGUGGGAACUGCGAGAUCCCCGGCAAGGACGACGCGGAGGAUUUCCGUCGGCUGCUCAACACCAUGGAGGUGCUGGGCUUCAGCGUGGAGGAGCAGAACAGCAUCUUCCGCAUCCUCUCCUCCGUCCUCCACCUGGGCAACGUCUACUUUGAAAAAUACGAGACCGACUGCCAGGAGGUCGCCACGGUGGUGAGUGCCACGGAGCUCCGGACGGGUGCGCUGCGGCAGGUCUCCCCCGAGGGCCUGCAGAAAGCCAUCACCUUCAAGGUGACGGAAACACUGCGGGAAAAGAUUUUUACCCCUCUGACCGUCGAAAGCGCCGUGGAUGCCAGGGAUGCCAUUGCCAAGACCCUCUACUCCCUGCUUUUUGGCUGGCUCACGGACCGCAUCAACAAGCUGGUGUACCCGCGGCAGGAGGCCCUCUCCAUUGCCAUCCUGGACAUCUACGGCUUCGAGGACCUCAGCUUCAACAGCUUCGAGCAACUGUGCAUCAACUACGCCAACGAGUACUUGCAGUUCUUCUUCAACAAGAUCGUCUUCCAGGAGGAGCAGGAGGAGUACCUCCGGGAGCAGAUUGAGUGGAAGGAGAUCCCCUUCAGCGACAACCAGCCCUGCAUCGACCUCAUCUCCCAGAAGCCCUACGGCAUCCUCCGGAUCCUCGAUGACCAGAGCUGCUUCCCCCAGGCCACCGACCACACAUUCCUCCAGAAGUGUCACUACCACCACGGGACGAACCCGCUGUACACCAAGCCGAAGAUGCCGCUGCCCGAGUUCACCAUCAAGCACUACGCAGGGAAGGUGACCUACCAGGUUCACAAGUUUUUGGAUAAAAACUACGACCAGGUCCGUCAGGACGUGCUGGACCUGUUCAUCAGCAGCAGGACCAAGGUGGUGGCCAACCUCUUCUUCGGCCAUGCCCAGGUGAUGGCCCGGCAGAGGAGCCUGGUCAGGAGGAGCAGCACCAGGACGCGGCGGUACAAAGCCCCCACCGUGGCCGCCCGGUUCCAGCAGUCACUCCUGGACCUGGUGGGGAAGAUGGAGAGGUGCAACCCCUUCUUUGUGCGCUGUCUCAAACCCAACAACAAGAAGGAGCCAGGGCUCUUCGAGGCUGACGUGGUCAGCAGCCAGCUACGGUACUCGGGGAUCCUGGAGACCAUCCGCAUCCGCAAGGAAGGCUUCCCCAUCCGCAUCCCCUUCCUUGUCUUCAUCGACAG